AAAUGUAUAAAUUUGAAAUAUUAAUAUUGUCAAAAUUCUUGUAACAAACAAAAUGAGUAUAUAAAAAAUCAACAUAAUUUAAAUAAUUUCGCCCAAAAUUAAUGUGUUUCUUCAAGCUUUGGUGAUGUAAAAUGAAUGUAACUCUUAUCGCCUGUAUAGUCACUGCGAUUACGGUUUCGGCGGUUUGUUGUUUAAUGAGAAGGAUUUCUCCUUGCAUGAGUUGCCUAUAGGAAAAUUUACGAACUAAAACUAAAAUGCAGAGACCAGGUUCAAAACUAAGACAACCGGGAUCAAGUUCUCAAUCAGGUUUGCGUCAACCUUCAACUACAAAAGCGCAACCUGGAGCGGAUACUACCAAAAAGGAUGGCAAGGAUCAAAAGACCGCGGCCAAUAAAACGGACAAGACCUUAAAUUUUAAAUUACCGCCCCUAAGUGUAGUAGGGAAGAAAAAAGAAAUUGACUUUGAGUAUAUAAGGAAAAAGGUAAUAAGAAGGGGUAAUCCCGAAGGUGAAGAUAAGAAGCAGUUAGCAAGUAUCCUAAAGCAUUUAAAAGACUCCAAAGUUCGAAUAAAAGUCUUCGAAUUUGUAAAUCUUGUUGCUAAAUUCACCUCCGAUAAUGGAGAAUGUAUGCGUCGGGUUUUGGAAGAAGAUUUAGCCAUGUUCAGAAAAAUGGUUACGAAAGUUUACGAAAACAUGACGCAGGAUGUCAGUGACGUUUUAGUGAACGAACAAAUUCAAACAAACAAUUUUUACCAAGAACGUUACGACAUGUACAACAACAAAAUGCUAGUUAUGAUUAGUGAAAUAUUCCAGAUGAUACCAGAAUUUGAUUUUGAAAAAUAUGCAAGAGAUAAAGAUGAUUUCCUGAAUUACGUGUGCCCCAUGCCACAACUGAUCAAACGUACAGAUGAAGAUGUGGAAACUCAGAGAAGACAAGAAGCUUUCCAUAGACUGCAGUGGUUGAAGAUUGAAGAGGAUCGGUUAGCUGAAGAGAAUAAGAGAUUAGAGGAAAGAUUAGAGCAGUUGAAAUAUGAGCAUAAGACAGAAACUCAAAGAUCAACGAUGAAAGCGACAAUUAUGGAACAAAAGCAACAUGACCUUGAAAAGGAGGAACAAGAUAAGCAGAAACACCUUAACCAGUUAGAAGAUCUUCUAGGCAAGAACAUUAUUAGAACGGAAGCUUACAUAAGAUUAGAAGAAGACGAAGCAAUCCGAAUGGCUAAGCCGUUGUCUCGGGAUGCACCUUCAAAAUCAAAAGCUGGAAAGAGAACGGGUAAAAAGAAACCGGAAUGGUCCGUCGAAACUGCAAAAAGUAUAGAAGAGGAAUCUGCACAGAAGCUGCAGCAAGCAGAAAGUGCAAGGGCAGAUGAGCGAAAACGUACAAGAAAGAAGGAGCUGUUAGUAAGAAGGACGUCUAAAGCUGAUUACGCAAGUACUGACGUAACUUCGGCUGCUCAGCUACAAGAGAGAUCGGUACACCAUACUGUCACUACCAGUAAAGAGAGACGACCCGGAAGACCUGGUGGUGGAUGUGGAGGAGGAUGCCAAUGAAUUAAAAAAUGUGACUAAAAAAUUUAUUUUGUUAUAUGUUUCCUUCAGAGUUAUAGGUGUGACAAAUAAAGAAUUAAUAUGGA